CUUGAUUUUUUAGGGAAACGAAAUCGCAUUUACACUUGAAAAAGAAAUAUAAUAAUUUUGGAUUAAAAGAAAUAUUUUUAAUUCUGAAAGAAUUUACAAAACCAAAACUCGGUGUAAAGAAAGUCGGUAGUCGACACUCCACAGUGGGUACCUGCCUUUCUUUCUACGCCCGUCACUCUCCUGACAGUCAUCAUCUCCAUAAAUCCCCAUUAAUCAAUGAAAUACAGAUGAAAAUUCAUUAUUUACUCCAUUGAUUCAGCUCUCAAAUCUCGAGCUUCUACAUUUUAACAAGUGUUGUGACAUCUUUUCAUUACAAAAGGAAUUCAAAGUUGGUGAGACAUGGCAACGGGAAGGUACACGCGGGUUGAUGGGAAAAAGUCGUCGAACUGUUGUUCAACUGCUGUAAUUGUGGUGCUUGUUUCAGCAUGCUUAUUAGCGGCCUGGUUCACAAUGUCAUCAUCAGUAGAUCCCUCAGGGAAUGUUGGGAUGUCUGCUUUAUCCAGUUCCACAAAGGAUGUCAAGACACAGAAGAUUAGUGAAAAAAGUUCUAACGAAUUUGAGGACAACACUGGUGACUUGCCUGAGGUUGGGACUAAGGAGAAUGUUGAGGAGGCCAGUGGAAAGGAUGAGAAUGACUCUAGAUCACAGGAAAAUGAAAAUACAGAGGAGGCUGAGAAAGCUAGAGACUCAAGUCAAGAGAAGAAGUCUGAGGAUGACGGUGAGAGGAGUGAUGACAAUAAGGAAAAAGAAACAGAGUCUGGAAAGAAUGAUGAUGCUUCUCAACAAGAAUCUGAGGAAAAUACUGAUGAUAGUAAACUUAAAACAGGAAAAGGUGAAGAUAAAUCUGGGUCAGAUGAGAGUUCUGAUAGCACAAAGGAUAAGACAGAUGAAAUGAAGGAUGAAACUAGCACGGAAGGCCAGGAGAAAUAUGGUGCAGAUGAAAGCAAGGAAACCACUGAAAAAGCAAUUAAAAGUGGGUCCGAGGACCAGGCAGAGUUGCUGAAGGAAGCUUCCACGAAGACUGGAGCUUGGUCAACACAAGCAGCAGAGUCUGAGAAAGAGAAACAGAAUGCAUCUGUGGAGUCCUCAUCGUCCGAGAACCAAAAGUUCUACAAAUGGAAAGUCUGCAAUGUCACUGCUGGGCCUGACUAUAUUCCUUGCCUUGAUAACAUUCAAGCUAUCAAAAGGCUUCCCAGCACAAGUCAUUAUGAACACCGAGAAAGGCACUGCCCUGAUGAAGCUCCUACUUGCCUUGUUUCUCUGCCUGAGGGAUAUAAAACUUCAGUGAAGUGGCCUAAAAGCAGAGAGAAGAUAUGGUUUGCCAAUGUUCCCCAUGUCAAGCUUGCUGAAGUGAAGGGGCAUCAGAAUUGGGUGCAAGUUUCUGGCGAGUACAUCACAUUUCCUGGUGGGGGGACUCAAUUUGUGCAUGGUGCCAUAAGUUACAUCGAUUUUCUUGAAAAGACUGUUUCCGAUAUUGCUUGGGGCAAGCGAAGUCGUGUUGUUUUGGAUGUUGGGUGUGGUGUUGCAAGCUUUGGAGGUUUUUUGUUUGACAAAGAUGUACUCACUAUGUCACUGGCUCCCAAGGAUGAACAUGAAGCUCAAGUACAAUUUGCACUUGAAAGAGGAAUACCAGCUAUUUCUGCAGUAAUGGGUACAAAAAGAUUACCCUUCCCCGGCAUGGCUUAUGAUGUUGUCCACUGUGCUCGCUGCAGGGUCCCUUGGCAUGUUGAAGGUGGUAAAUUGCUUUUGGAACUGAAUCGUGUCUUAAGGCCAGGAGGGUAUUUUAUAUGGUCUGCCACUCCUGUUUACCGUAAAGAUGAGGAGAAUGUGGAAAUUUGGAAAGAGAUGUCAAAGCUGACAAAGUCAAUGUGCUGGGACCUUUUGAAAAUUGGGAAGGAUAGUGUGAAUGGAGUAUCUGCAGCAGUAUAUCAGAAACCUAUGUCUAAUGAUUGCUAUGAGAGUAGAACUAAAAAUAAUCCUCCACUUUGUGAAGAAUCAGAUAAUCGAAAUGCAGCAUGGGAUAUACCACUGCAGGCAUGCAUACACAAAGUACCAACAGAUCCAUCAGAACGGGGAUCUCAAUUGCCAGCUAAGUGGCCUUCAAGGUUGGAGAAACCUCCUUACUGGUUGAAGGAAUCCGAGACUGGGGUUUAUGGCAAAGAAGCUCCUAAGGAUUUCAUUGCUGACUACAAGCACUGGAAAAGUGUUAUUACUGACUCGUAUUUAGAUGGUAUUGGCAUUGACUGGUCUUCUAUGAGAAAUGUGAUGGACAUGAGAGCUAUAUAUGGAGGGUUCGCUGCAGCUUUGAAGGACUUGAAAGUAUGGGUCAUGAAUGUAGUUCCAAUCACUUCAUCAGACACCCUGCCGAUCAUAUUUGAACGAGGUUUAUUUGGAAUAUAUCAUGAUUGGUGCGAGUCAUUCAAUACUUACCCGAGAUCUUACGAUGUUCUUCAUGCAGAUCAUCUUUUCUCUAAUGUCAAGAAAAGGUGUAAACUCAUGGGGUUAAUGGCAGAAGUCGACAGAAUCCUUAGGCCCGGAGGAAGUCUGAUAGUGAAAGACGAUGCUGAUACCAUAGCUGAAGUGGAGAGCAUGGCAAAAUCCCUACACUGGAAAAUCAGGUAUACUUUUACAAAAGACGAUGAAGGAUUGAUUUGUGCUCAGAAGACAAGAUGGCGUCCAGACGAAGUAGAAACAAUCAAAUCAGCCAUAGCCUAGCUUUACCAUAUUCUUUUAUAGAUUUAGCAGCAAUUGUUCUCAAGGAUGCAGGAGUUAUAUGUGUAGCAAUUUCAUUGUUGUCAAAUUUAGUGUAAUUUUCCUGAGUAUUUCCAUUUCAUUGUUGAAUGUAUGACAGUUUAUCUUCCACUUAGCCCUUCAAUUUUGGGGAAAUGAUCUAUUGAUCUAAGACAAAGUUUGCUUAUAAGUUAUACUUAAUUUUAUAUCCAAUUAAUAGCAACUCUCUAUUUUGAGAAAUGUAAGUUUAGUUGUAACCUUUUUAUAAGUGAUAUAUUUUUAAGUGUGAUUUAUCCUUUA